GCACCGCGAGGAUCCUCCCCCUCUCAUAGCGUGCAAGUACUGUCCGACGCGGACGUUGGAUGAUUGCAGAGUUGCCAAGCCGAGCAGGUCGAUGUCCGUUUAUGGAGAUGCCUCGAUCGGAGCGCCGGCUGGCCGCUGACAGUGCUGCGAUCUGUACGUUACGGCUGCCUGCGUCCGGUUUCGCCUGCCACGCAUCUCACUGCCUCUGGGUCCAUACAUAUCUAUUGCAUACCUUAGGUCGCCCAUGACUUCUCCUCCAUCAUAGCUUUCUAUGUGGGCCUUUUCUCGGUACAAGGACUAUACGCCCCUUUGGACAGACAUCGCCUCGCUCAAGCAAGCCAACCGCGCACAUGCACUGCGGAUACUAGCCGUUCUCCUCGUCAUCCUGGUCUCACUGUGGUACAAUGGGUAUUUAAUUUCAAAAUUAGCGAAGAAAUGGCCAACGCCUUUGGACAAUUAUCAGCACCUUAAUCCUAAUCCACUCCUUAACGGCGAGUUUCACCAGUCGCUCAAGCCUCCAAGUCACGACGACACCGCCGUGGUGUCUUGCAUGUACACCGACUCUUAUGCCACCGCCAUCGCGACGCUCGGACACUCCCUCGACCGUGUCAACAGCACCGCGACGCGUCUCCUCUUCUACCUUCCGGAGCACAUCUCCCCCGAGGCCCUCUGUAUCGCGACUGCGACUGGCUUCACCCCGCACCCCGUCUCGCGCAUCGCCCCGCCGCACAAUGGCGAAGGCACGAACAAACGGUUCCUCGACGCCUACUCCAAGCUGAACCUUUGGACGCUCAACGACGCGGGCUACAACGCCGUCGUGCACCUCGACGCGGACACGCUUGUCCUCCGCAACUUCGACGAGCUCUUCGCACUGCCCUACCGCUUCGGCGCCGUUCCGGACGUCUACGUAGGCUCGCACGGCUUCGCGCUCGAGUUCAACACCGGCGUCAUCUCCGCGCGCCCGGACACGGCUGUGUUCCGCGACAUGAUGGAGAAGAUGCAGACGCUGUCGUACGACGGCACGCAGGCGGACCAGGCAUUCCUCAACCAGUACUAUGCUGCGUCCGCAGUCCGCCUGCCGUACGCGUACAACGCGAACCUGGCGAUCAAGAAGCGCAAGCCUGCGAUGUGGGAGGACCUGUGGAAACGCGCACGGAUUGUCCACUAUACGCUCGUGAAGCCGUUCCUCGCGGAGGCGGACAACUCGGGCGAGACCGUCGUGCCGAUGGAGGCUAUGGAGGACAACAUCCGGGCGCGCAUGGGCGAGUUCGACGGUGUGUUCAAGGAAGAGCUGCUCGAGUGGCUAGGGCAAUGGAAGGAGACGUAUGCGAAGUAUGGAGACAGGCUAAGGGAGUGCCAGAGGAAGGCGGGGGAGAUGUAGGGUUUGGUGAGUCUCUUAGGUCGGCUUCGAGCUGGUGAUCGUGAGAGCUGAGCAUGUAUAUGCAGUAGCACUUCGCUUCGCUUCCCAGGAUCGCUCAUAAGCUCGUGGAGCGGGCCUUAUGGCUUGGAACUUCAUUCAAUCUUCGUGGUGGUGCCGGGCAUGACUAGAUCAGGAUAGAGCGGGACGGACGCUUCUUGUCGGUGUGUGCACAUGAUAUUAUUAUUACUCAAUCAUG